CACCUCGUGGACACGCGGAUCGCCCCGUUCCGAUACCUCGCGAGACAGUCACUGCGCAUUCUGCGUGUUGUAUCAGCACCGUAGCACAUUAUUUCUUCCAAAUCUUGCCAAUGUUUGAGCUGCACUGGCAGCAGAAGACUUUUGUUUGUUCUAUUUCAACAUCUUCCCGAACCAUCUCAUCAGGAGUACAUAACGUAGAUGAUUGGCCAAUUUUCAACACCGGAGGAGGUUUCGCUCCAGGACUUGGCUCAGCACAGUCCACAGCGUCGGUUCCAGACAGCCACUUUCUACGUGCGUGUCUUCAGCAUGUAUGUUAUCCCCAUCGUCCUGAUACCGCUCAUCCGAACAAGGUCUCCGAGAAAUCACUGUGCCUACGUCGUCCUCAACAUGGUCUUCUUCUGGCUAUUCGAAUCCCUUCCACCUGCCAUCGUAUCUUGGAUCCCAUUAUUUCUUCUACCGUGCUUCGUGCGCAUCGAUAUAGCCCAGCUCCUUGAAUACUACAUUUCAGAGACGACGCUGAUGUACAUCGGGUAUGCCAUGGUAAUGAACGAGGUAGAGAACACUCACCUGCAUAAGCGGCUCAUCCUGACCCUUCUCCUGAUGCUCGGCGCCAAGACUGGCUUCGUCAUCGGAGGCUUCGUAAUGACCGCUGUAAUCGUAUCCAUGUGGACCAGCGCUGUGCGCACAGCUGCAGUGCUUCUUCCUAUCGCCAUGGAGGCCAUCCAGCACGUACAGGACAACCGGCUCUGCCACAUUCUCGAACUCCGCACCAUGGACAUAAGGAAAAGACGUCCAUCAGCCGCUCCUCCUCGCAUCGGUACUCCGAUCAUGGAAGCUCGAUUUCUAAUCGACAGCGACAUAGUGAUACCCGAUGUGAUCCACAUCUUGCACGAAUUCUUCUCUGUGCGGAAGAAGCUCCUCAUUGGUAUCAGCUUCUCGGCUGUCCUCGGCAGCAUGGGAUCCGUGUUCGGUUGCGGAGCGAGCAUCUUCGUGAAGGCACUAUUGGCGGAAAUAUAUAACUACCACAACCUCACCCUGUAUAACUGGUUCGUCUGUCACAUGCCACUGACCGUGUUGUGCGCGCUUCUACUGUGGAUCAUUCUGACUACGUGUUACUUAACAGAGAGCAUGGUGAACGACCACAUAACUCGGCGAGCGUUUCAAGAUGUCAUUUACCGACGUCUAGAGGAGCUCGGUCCCAUCAAGCGCCCAGAGCUGCUCGUUCUUGCGGUCAUAAUCGUCUUCGCCUUGUACACAACCGUUCGCCACAUAAAUAAUUCGUUGGAAAACGAAGCGCCAUCGGCCGUUGCUACAUCCGAAAGCAUGGCAGUAUUGAUAGCAUUCCUGGCAGUGUACACGAUCACAGUUUGCUUUGAUGACGCAGAAUGGUCAGACAUGGAAGAAAACAACUGGGAUCUCAGGCUACGCAAUUCUGUAAAACAUCUGUCCUGGGCGCUGGUAAUUACUAUCGGAGCAGGGAUAUGCGUGAUGAAGUUGAUUCUGGUCUUCGACCUGCUGGAGUACAUUGAGGGCAUGCUUCCAAGACGUCUCGUGCAGUCUCCGUUUGGGCUGCAACUUGUGGUUGUCCUCACCGCACUCGUAAUGGCUGAGAUCAAUGACUCUUUGAACAACAUCGUUGUCUUCACGCCUCUCCUAUGUUGUGCUUCACGAUUGGCAAAGAUCCACCCUGACUACCUGCUGACGCCUUUCGUGUACUGCUCCAACUUUGGAUUUUUACUUCCCACCGCCACUCCCAUCAGCGAGUUCGUAGCCGAUUUUGCUGACCUACAGGACGACGAUUUUCUUCUACCAGGCUUGGCAUUGAAACUAGGCUGCACCUCCUUGGUGCUCCUGGCCUACAAUACCUGGUGCUGGGACUAUCUUCACCUUUCGCAUUCAAAUCUCACUCUUUGGCAAACAAAUGACACGCUGGUCGCCGCCGCCGCGAGGCCUCAAAACUCGUGGUUGGACUAAUGUGCAUAGAUUGUACACGUUACCUAUGUCAUAAUAUGAGAAUGAAUCUGCUCCUUGCACUGGCAA